AUCGCCAAAAACCUAAACCAGCAUUGAAGAUAGCAGUUCCUAAGGAGAUCAGUGUCCCCAACACAAAAAAUGGCUGUCACUCUUUCAUAUGCAAUCAUCUUUCUUUUAACUCUAGUCUGGUAUAGAUUCGUAAGAAGGCAAAAGAAAAUAUCCCAAGGAAAAGCCGAGACCGAGCUUCCUCCGGGAUCAAUGGGAUGGCCUUAUAUAGGAGAAACUCUCCAACUCUAUUCUCAAGACCCCAAUGAGUUCUUUUCUUCCAGACAGAAGAGGUUUGGAGAGAUUUUCAAAACGCAUAUAUUAGGCUGCCCUUCCGUCAUGCUGGCUAGCCCCGAGGCUGCUCGCUUCGUGUUAGUAACAAAAGCUCACUUGUUUAAGCCGACGUACCCCAGCAGCAAGGAGCGUCUCGUUGGUCCAGCGGCGCUGUUUUUUCACCAAGGAGACUACCACACUCGUCUCAGGAAGCUGGUUCAAGCCUCAUUGUCCAUCGAGGCUAUUCGGAACUUGGUGCCUGAUAUCGAUGCCCUAACAACCGCUACCAUGGAUUCUUGGCGUGAGGGGCAUGUCGUUAACACCUUUCAUGAAAUGAAAAAGAUUUCUUUCGAAGUUGGCAUAUUAAUGAUUUUUGGCCGUUUGGAGGCUCGAUAUAGAGAGGAGCUUAAGAAGAACUACUUCAUAGUCGACAAUGGCUACAAUUCAUUCCCGAUAAACAUCCCUGGAACUCCAUACAGAAAGGCAUUACAGGCAAGGAAGAAGUUAAGCAAGAUAUUGAGUGACAUCAUAAAUGAACGGAAGGAGAAGAAGUUGCUGGAGAAGGAUCUGGUGGCUUGUCUGUUGAAUUCCAAGGAUGAACAAGGUGAAGUCUUAACCGAUGAUCAAAUCGCCGAUAACAUCAUCGGAAUUCUUUUUGCUGCUCAGGAUACCACGGCUAGUGCUAUGACAUGGAUUGUCAAGUACCUCCAUGACAACCCGAAACUUCUGGAGGCAGUUAAGGCUGAACACAAGGCAAUCAAAAGAUUGACUGAAGAAAGCAAUCAGCAGCUGAGUUGGUCACACACAAGGAAAAUGCCAACUACUUACAAGGUUAUAUUAGAGACUCUAAGAAUGGCAAGCAUCAUAUCCUUCACUUUUAGAGAAGCAGUCGCUGACGUGGAAUACAAAGGUUACCUUAUUCCGAAGGGUUGGAAAGUGAUGCCUCUGUUCAGAAACAUUCAUCACAAUCCCGAAUUCUUCACUGAUCCCCAGAAAUUCGAUCCUUGGAGGUUUGAGGUUGCCCCAAAACCCAACACUUUCAUGCCAUUUGGAAGUGGAGUGCAUGCCUGUCCUGGAAACGAGCUUGCAAAGUUGGAGAUGCUUAUAGUCACCCACCACUUGGUUUCCAACUUCAGAUGGGAAGUGGUACAAUCCGAAAAUGGAAUCCACUAUGGCCCAUUUCCAGUUCCUAUGCAAGGACUCCCCACCAGAUUUUGGAAAGAAUCUACAACAUAGAAAAGGCAGGCAUGAAAGAUGGGUGGAUUAUAAUUACAGCAAUAAUGCAAAACUCCCUUACAGUAAAACUUUUAACUGGACAAUUUCCAGUUGCUUUUACAAUUUAUAUAGCAAAUCCCCUUGCAAGUUAUUUCCUAUCCAUCUCAGAUACUACUUCAUUCUCAUUGUCAUUCAAGCCUUUUUCAUUUUGUAAUUUGUAGCUCCUAAAUUGAUAUUUAUGAUAAUCGAAAGGCUUUCAUUAGCAAAC